ACUCAUUCACUCCUUCACUCCUUCACUCCUUCACUCCUUCACUCCUUCACUCCUUCACUCCUUCACUCCUUCACUCAUUCACUCCUUCACUCCUUCACUCCUUCACUCCUUCACUCCUUCAGCCACCACUUGGUGACUUGGAUGCUGCAUGUGUGGAGCUGACAAAGAAGAAGUAGUUCCACGUUGAAAGUUGCUGACUAUUAUGUUGGCAGCCUCGCAUUGCAACUCCACAUGUGGGAGAAAUUACAGUCUUGGAGGGAGAGAGGAAAAGUUCCAUUGCUUCUGUUUGUGAGCAUCAAGAAGAAGAAGUUAGCUGAUGGACGUGUCAUGUGAUCACCAGGGGCCUCCAAACCUUCUCCACUGAGGGCCACACGUGUGUUGGCAUCCCACUACCAGUCAAGAUGGCCGCCGAGCCCCGCCCCCAGCAGUGAUGCCGUCCCUCGGCCCGCCCGCCCCCUUCCUGUGCGUCCUGCUGUGGGUGUCCACGGCCCUGCAGCGCUCCGACAUGCGUGUGGCCUACGUGAGCCACAACAGCUUCUUCUGCUACUCCUGCAGCCAGGAGCCGGAGCCCUGCAGGGUGGCGGCGCUCGCCGACUGCCGCUGCAAAGACAUCACGCUCUCGGCGCUGCACCGCCCCCCGUCGCCCGCCUCGCCCGUCUUCAGCAUGAGGCGCCUGACCGUGUGGUACACGUCGCCCUGGAACGCCGCGCGCCUGCUCAACAACUCCGAGGUGAGGCACCUCACCUUGAUGUACUGCGGGCCGGGGUCCUCCAGGGAGAGGGCACCGCCCCCUUUGGAGGGACACUUUGCUGUGCAGCACCUGGAGAGGCUGAGCGUGGUCACCUUCGCCAGCACGGAUGCACACGGCGACAACCACCUCCAUUUUCACGCCAUCGGGUCCCCCGACUCGCCCCGGGUCCAGGACAUCUACCUGGGCAGGGAGCAGGGGGCGGCCUACCAGGAGCAGGCCCGGCUGGGAGUUGUCCACACCUCCGUGCUGGGGGGCGGAGCUUCCGUCAAAGUCUACACGGUCCAGACGCACAUCGACAGCGACGGGACGCUGCCUUUCCCGGAGCUCCGCCUCCCCAAACUGCCGGAAACAUCCGUCGUCUACGUCAGCUUUGUGUACGGGAUAAAUACUACAUAGUAGUAGUAAUACUGCAAUACUACUUUUCUUAACGCAGUACUGCACUCAGCUUUGUGUACGGGAUAAAUACUACAUAGUAGUAGUAAUACUGCAAUACUACUUUUCUUAACGCAGUACUGCACUCAGCUUUGUGUACGGGUUAAAUACUACAUAGUAGUAGUAAUACUGCAAUACUACUUUUCUUAACGCAGUACUGCACUCAGCUUUGUGUACGGGUUAAAUACUACAUAGUAGUAGUAAUACUGCAAUACUACUUUUCUUAACGCAGUACUGCACUCAGCUUUGUGUACGGGUUAAAUACUACAUAGUAGUAGUAAUACUGCAAUACUACUUUUCUUAACGUAAUACUAUAGUAACUAUGUAAUGUAACUAUAGUAACUAUGUGAUGUAACAUAAUAACUAUGUGAUGUAACUAUAUAAACUAUGCAAUGUAACUAU